CAAAACAAAAAUGUUGAAAAUGUGAAAAUACGCAAAGUUCACUUGCUGUUUUUGAGACGAAACAGUGAAGGAGAAUUGUUUUAUUUGUGAAACGAGAUGAAGAAGAGUCUGUUCGAGUAUGGCAGAUAGUCACGAACUACGUUCAAACUCGUUUUCGAGCAACAGUUCGCUUCCAAGCGGUGAAGUCGACCAUGUCGAACUGUUGUCAUCACAGCUCGGAGCGUUGCUUCACUCUUCAGAAUUUACAGAUGUCACUUUUAUAGUCGAAGACAAAAAGUUUCAGGCACACAGAGUGUUUCUGGCGUCAAGAUGCGAGUAUUUUCGCGCUCUUUUGUUUGGUGGGAUGCGAGAAUCGAAACCAGAAGCCGAGAUUGUUCUGAACGAGAUUUCUGCCCAGUCGUUUGGAACUCUUUUGAAAUACUUGUACACAGGGCGGAUAUUUCUACGAGACCUUAACGAGGAACAUCUAUUAGACCUCUUAGGGUUAGCUCAUAAAUACGGCUUCCUCGCGUUAGAAAGUGCGAUUUCUGGCUACCUUAAGGGGAGCUUAGACCUGCACAACAUUUGUCGUAUAUUUGAUGUGGCCUGCCUGUACCAGCUUGAUGAGGUUCUGGAGACCUGUUUAAAUUUUGCAGAUGUACAUGCUGUUGAAAUCUUGCAAGGCACGGCAGACUUUGCAAGCCUCUCGGACUUGGCUCUCGUAAGCAUUAUCAAGCGAGAUUCGUUCUGCGCUCCCGAGGUCGACAUAUUCCGAGCGGUGCAAUGUUGGAUUGGGGAAAAUCCUGAAGCCGACAGACAAAUAUUGUCUAACAUACGGCUUCCUUUAAUUGAACUCCCUGACUUGUUUCAUACGGUUAGACCAUCAGGGCUGUUCACAGCAGAUGCAAUCUUAGACGCCAUUAAGAUUCAGACUGAGAGUCGCGUAACAGAAAUGAAUUACCGUGGCCAUUUAGGUAGGUAUUAAAUUAUUAUUGCCAUUGGUCUUUUAAUGUGAAAAUGAUCUUCCAAGAUUUUGUCAAGGCUAUGACAGAAUCUUGGGGAGAUUGAGAUGAGAUCUAGUGAUUGACCUAAAAAACCGCAGACAAUUGGGGUUGAUAGAAUUAUCUAUAUUUCUGAUUGCCUAAAACCAAUUGUUGAGAAAAUACGCACUUUAAAAAUUAUAUGCAAUUAUAUGCAAAUUAUACGAAAUUUGGGAUGCCUUUUUCACUGUUUAGUGCUUGAAAUAUUUGCUAAAAUUGACUGGGAAUACUUAGAGAUUUCAUCAUAGAAUGGCGUGGUCAUAUUCAUUUGCUCUUUGUCUAAAAUGUUUAGCUGUAUUAUUGCUAAACAUGCCGUUUUUGAGAAUUUGGUUUGCAACCAGGUUUCAACAUGCAAUCACGCCAUCAGCCCAUUGAAAACAUUACGUCACGUCAGCUAGUUUCCUAUCCAUUUAUUUUAUUAUCCAUGGUUAAACUAACCAUUAAGCUGCAGAGCUUCCCCUUUGACGAGUAAAAUCGUCUGGCAUUAGACAAGUAAAAAAUAAGUAGGGUACACUGGGGCACAUUGCAGCUCAAUGGGUUAACUAGAGACAUCGUCAGAUUUUUGAAUUAACCAUUAAGCUGCAGAGCUUACCCAUUGACAAGUAAAAUUGUCUGGCAUUAGACAAGUAAAAAAAAAAGUACAGGGGCACAUUUCGGCUCAAUGGGUUGAUGUGUGAAGUGUGCUUUUUAUUAAUGGUAUUAACGAUUUUUGGUUGCAGUAACAUGUUACAUUGGAAAUUAUCAUUAAAAAAAUCAACAUGAAUGAUAUCACCUUUACUCAGUAGACUGAUAUUAUGAUGUCAUUAUAAAAUUGGCAUCAGGUAGAUUGUUGAAUGAACAAUCUGUAAUUUCCAUUGUUCAUUGUUGCACAAUCGGUCAAUCAGUACCAUUGAACUAAAAGUAACUGCAAUGCUACGUUGAAGCGGAAGUUUGAAGCUAAAUUAUACAAGGUCGUACACAGGCUUUAAAAAGCCCGUCUUAAAAUAAAAGGCCUGUUUCCCUUUCGAUUUGCAUCUUGCCAUGAAAACGUUCAAAACGACAUCCUUCGAUCGCCCCCUGCAUUGUCUCGCGAGUAAGUCGCGCAGUAGAAACACAUGGAAGUGCAUGUCUGGGAGUCAAAACUGGCUUUGUGGGAGUCAAAUUUUGGCUUCAAAAUUUGCAUGCGCAGUUUACUGAAUGUGGCGUUUCAGUUAUUUUUAGUUCAAUGAUCACUACUCCUGCACAAACUGUUGCGACUUAAACACCUGUUGCAGUAGAGCUCAAUAUAACUAUUUCUAAUGCACAGACAUGGAUGAAAAUGUUGCCUUGCCACAUCUUGGUGCAGAAGUGAUCGAAGGUGAAUUCCCUGAUGCUCUACUUGAUUCGGACGUCACAAGUUUUGACAUGGACAAAGGCUUCACGCUGCACUAUUUGGAAGAAGGUCGUGCAAUCGUUGUCUGUCUUGGUCGACCGUCAAUUAUCAACACCAUCAAAAUGCUUCUGUGGGAUCGUGACAUGAGGUCGUAUUCGUACUACAUUGAAGUCUCGAUGGAUAACAAAGAUUGGAUCAGGAUUAUUGAUUAUUCCAAAUACCUUUGCCAUUCCUGGCAAACUUUGCAUUUUGAACCAAGAGUUGUCAGGUAACUUACAUUCAAGGAAAAAAUCCCCUUGAUGAGUAAAAUCGUCAGCCAAAUUAUCGGCGUUAGACAGAGUAAAAUAAUAAAGUAGGGUACAUUAAUGCAAUUUAGCCAAUUGUGUUUCGUUGCGCCCUACUUUAUUAUUUUACUCUGUCUAACGCCAGAUUAUUUUACUCUGUCUAACGCCGAUUUUACUUGUCAAGGGGAGAGCGCUUAAUGGGUUGGUUAUUGCCUUAUUCUGUUGUAUGCCACAGACUUAUUAUAGGCUUACUUUAUAUUCUAGGUAUAUUCGUUUGGUGGGAACACUCAAUACAGUGAACAGAAUCUUUCAUGUCGUGCAUUUUGAAUGCAUGUUUUCAUCAAGACAGCACUCGAUUGGCGACAAUAAUGUUCUAA